CGUCAUCAUCCUUAUCAUCCUGAGCAUCAUCAUGCUCGUCAUCAUGAACAUGAAACCAUGGAGCAGCCUCUGGUUACAGGUCGAGAGUAAAAGUAGUUGCAGCGAGUUGAAUCAGCAGAAUUACCAGAAAACAGAAUUUGAUUCAAUGUUAACCAUUAGGUGAGAAUCAUUGUUAACACAGCAAUUAACUCGUUCAUUUAAUUCGGCUAAUUUAACGGCAGAUUAAUUCGUUGAUGGUGGAGACUAAUCUCAAAUCUUCAGUGUGGAUUAUAAAUCUAAACUUAAUCUUAAAGAGGUCAGAAAAUGAUCACAAUGAUGACCAAUAAUGUACCAAAUCCACUCAUGUUAAUUAAAGCAGGUCGAUUGGUCCAUCAGGUUGGUAAUAAAACAAAAUCUGGUAACUCUGCCCACCGGUGGGCUUCAUCAUCAUCAUCAUCAUCAUCAUCAUCUUUAUCAUUAUCAUCAAGUUUAUCAACACAAUUAUCCAUUGGUGAGAGUUGUUCAACUCGACGACAAUUGAUUAAUUAUCCAUUUGAUUCUGAUUGUGAUUCCAAUCGUAAUCAAUUCUCUCUUCCUUCUCAGCUUAAUCUCCAUCCCUGUGGGCAUCAUUUCCUUAACAAUUUAAAUCUGUUUACAAAUUGUAACAAUCAGUUAAUCAAUCAACAUGCAAAUGGGAUCAAAGGAUAUUCAUCAUUGUAUCUCACCUUUAGGUCAUUUUGCUCCCAAACAGAUAAGGUUUUUAUGCCACCGGAGGAAUUUCUUCAAACAAAGGAAACUUCACCCGACGAUCCAAAUUCAAUUAAAAGUGGUAUUAAAACAGCCAAUAAAUCAACGGAAGAUGUUCUCUUUGAAAUGUUUGAAGAUUCCAAUGGAACCGUUAGUGUUAAUAAAUUUUUCUCCGCUCUUUCGGCAACUGGACUUCGGGUCACUGAUCCUCGAUUAAAGGAAAUUGUUAGUAAAUUAAACGUCAUUUGGAAGGCUAAACAAGACGCUGGUUCAUUUGAGGCACUUUCACUUGAUCGGGAAACGUUUAAAACGGUCAUCAGGGAAAAUAUUGUCCUAAUCAGUCGAGCUCUUCGUCAUCAUUUUGUCAUCCCCGAGUUCCAGGAAUUUUGUAAACAAAUUGAAGACGCUUAUUGGAAUUGUAAAGCUUUAACUGGUGGCAAAGUCGCCAAUUACAUUCCACAAUUAGCUAAAUACAAUCCAGAUUAUUGGGGUGUCACAUUGUGUACAAUUGAUGGUCAACGAUAUGCCAUCGGUGACACCGAGAUUCCGUUUACAAUUCAAUCUUGUGGUAAACCGAUUAACUAUGCAAUAGCUUUAAGUGAAUUGGGAGCUGAUAUUGUCCAUCGAUAUGUUGGCCAAGAACCUUCAGGUCGAAUGUUCAAUGAACUGGUUCUCGAUCACGACAAUAAACCUCACAAUCCAAUGGUCAAUGCGGGUGCGAUUGUUAUUUGCUCAUUGUUACUUUACAUGGUUGAACCCGAGAUGAGAGUUUCUGAAAAAUUUGAUUGGGUUUGUAAUUACUUUAAAUCAAUGGCUGGAGAUGAAUAUCUUGGCUUUAGUAAUGCCACUUUCCUGUCGGAAAGAGAGGCCGCUGAUCGUAACUAUGCCAUCGGCUAUUAUAUGAAGGAAAAUAAAUGUUUCCCUGAAAAAGCAAAUCUCAAAGAGGUGAUGGACUUUUACUUCCAGAUGUGCUCAUUAGAAGUUAAUUGUCCAACGGUCUCGGUGAUCGCUGCUACUUUAGCCAAUGGUGGAAUCUGUCCAAUUACAGGUCAACGGGUGAUCUCAAGUCAGGCCGUUCGUGAUGUCCUUUCGCUAAUGCAUUCGUGUGGCAUGUACGACUAUUCUGGACAGUUCGCAUUCAAUGUUGGUUUACCUGCGAAAUCAGGUGUUUCUGGAUGUACAAUGGUCGUUGUACCAAAUGUAAUGGGAAUGUGCUUAUGGUCACCACCAUUAGAUAAUUAUGGUAAUUCUGUUCGUGGUCUUGAAUUUUGUCGGGAAUUAGUUAAAAUAUUUAAUUUCCAUCAUUUUGACAAUUUGCGACAUGUUCCUCACAAAAAGGAUCCACGAAGACAACGAUUCGAAACGAAAGGAUUGAAAAUUGUUAGUCUUCUAUUCUCAGCAAGUUCUGGUGAUGUUUCUGCGAUGCGAAGGUACUAUUUAUCCGGAAUGGAGAUGGGAUUAAGUGAUUACGAUGGACGAACAGCCCUACACUUAGCAGCUUCUGAGGGACAUUUACCUUGUGUUGAAUUUUUGUUGAAAGUUUGUAAAGUUCAACCUCAUCCAUCUGAUAGAUGGGGACACACACCUUUAGAUGAAGCGAAACGUUUUAAUCACACUUCGGUCAUUGAGUUUCUAUCUAAAUGGGAGGAAAAUAAACUUGGCAAAGAAUUAGAUUAAUUGGAACAAUUAACUAAAUGAAUUAAGGAAAGAAGAGUAAUUUGGAAGAUAAUUGAGACAAAUUAAAUCAAUUAAACGAUUCCAAGACUAUCAAAAAUCAAGCAAAAGCAAAUGGUUGCCUUUGAAAAUCAUCCUGAUAAUCAUUCAUAGUCUGAAUAAAUUGUUAUACAUCACAAUUUGUUAAUUGUUACUAAAACAAAAUGUUCCGCUCAUUCAUUUAUACAAUUAUGUAAUCGUUAAUUUGAUCAAAAUUCUUGAUUAAAGUUUUAAUUUGAUUUUCCAAAUUCUUA